AUGGCCACCCUCGAUGCCGCAGACGGUGAAGCUGCCGCCAAGCGCCAACGUGUGGGCGGCUGGGCAGAGAACUGCCUGAACCAGGGCUGCCGCAGCGUCCAAUGCUUCCGCAAGCUGAACCGCAUCGACGAAGGCACCUAUGGCGUGGUCUACCGCGCCUGCGAGAUCGACACCGGCGAGGUGGUGGCGCUGAAGCAGUUGAAGCUGGGCGCCGUGAAGUCGGAGGAGGGCUUUCCAGUCUCAUCCAUCCGCGAGAUUUCGCUGCUGCUGGAGCUGAACCAUCCCAAUGUGGUGCAGUGCCGCGAAGUGGUGCUGGGAAAUACCAUGCAGCAUGUCUAUAUGGUCAUGGAGUACGUUGAGCACGAGCUCAAGGUCCUCAUCACCCAACAACGUUUCGCCGUGGCGGAGAUGAAGUGCCUGCUGCGGCAGCUGCUUCUGGGCUUGGCCCAUCUGCAUGCCAUGUGGAUCGUGCACCGGGAUCUGAAGACCUCCAACAUCCUCUUGGACAGGAACGGCAUCCUGAAGAUUUGUGACUUUGGCUUAGCGCGACACUUCGGACAGCCCUUGAGACCCUACACCCACAGAGUACAGUCCCUGUGGUACCGAGCUCCUGAGUUGCUGCUGGGGCAAAGGACCUACAGCAACGCCAUUGACGUUUGGAGCAGUGGCUGCAUCUUCGCAGAGAUGCUGCUGCGGCGCCCCGUUUUCGAGGGCAAGGCCGAAAUGCAUCAGCUUGGGCUCAUCAUGGGCCUUGUGGGCUUACCAGACGAGGAGUCGUGGCCUGGAUGUAGCGAGUUGCCCCACUGGAAGAUGCUGGAAAGCUUCAAGGACACCAUGCCAGGCUGGCGAGAACUCUUCCCCGAGCCGCCGGACAGUACGCUGUCGGAGUUGGGCCUGCUGCUAAUGCGGGGGUUGCUGGAAUGCUGUCCAGCAAGGCGUCUGGCGGCAGCUGAUGCAGUGGAGCACCACUACUUUCAAGAGGUGCCACAGCCACAAGAGCCCAGCAUGUUGCCCACCUUUAAGGACUUGGAUGAAGGGAAGGCACCAGGGCUUCCAGAUUUGUCGGCCAUUUUGUCAGGAGUCCAACAGCUCAACGCGUGGGCAGAGAUAAAAAAACAGGAGCUGUGGAAUCAGAUGGCUGGAAUCAACGACUGCCCGGCAGGCUGGAGCUUGGGAGCUAUGGAUGGCCCCAGUGAGCGAGAGCAAAAAUCGGAUACGGGGAAGUUGGGUCUUGAAGCCCUUGCGAGUGAAGCCCUUCCAGUCAAAAACAGCGGUUUCAACGACCAAUCCAUAGGCCCCCAGGAAAUGUGCCCUUCCCCGCUCGACGAGUUGAGCUUCACCAGUGACGGAUCCGCGGCUGGGAUGGUGGUGAUUGAUGUGUGCGGCGAGCUGCGCUGGGCUGAUGGCGUGAGCUGCGAAUCUGCGGGUGCAGUGGUACAGCCGAAGACCACCGACUUAGCGGGCGACGCCGAAGUGCUGUGCUUCUUGAACGAAGCGCGCGUGGGAAAGGGCCAGUACAACGUGCCGCACUACGUGAUCCAGGGCUACUACCACGAUGAUGGACCGCCCUCACUUGAACAGAUCGUUGAAGGUUGCCGCAUCAUCCGCGAGAAGAUCGAGGCGAACAAGAAGGUCCUGGUCAUUGCUCCAUCUGGGAAGGAGUUCCUGUCACAUCGUCCAUUCUCAGCCCUGUGUGUUGCAGCGUAUCCUCUGUUGAUGAAAAAGUUGAGUUUAGAGGCGGCCUUGGCACCGUGGGCCCAGCUAGACCUUGGGUUUCGGCAACACUCGUGGGCCAACGUGCACAAGCCUCCGCCCAGUGGCAAGCUCUCCCUGACGACCUGUUUGACGGCGCUUGAUUUGGCGCUGAGGCAUAAGUGGUUGGAUGUGGAGGGCUUUGAUGCCAAAGCCACGUCGGAUCUCUGCGCCAAGUGGGACGCCGCUUGGGUGAUCCCCGGGGAAGUGCUGUUACUGGCGGAUCCUAUGACCACCGUGCUGGAUCCAGACCCAGCCACCGCCAGUCACCUGGUAGGGCCCACGGAGCCCAAUUUUGCGGAUUGGUUCAAGUCCUCGAAGGUACACACCUUGGUGCGACUCAACAAGGAUCGAGAAUCAGGGCUCGACAAGAGCUACGAGGCUGCCAGGUUCGUGAACUGCGGCAUGGAACACGUCCAGGCCGCAUAUGAUGACACAGGUGGAGGUGUGCCGAGCCAGGAGAUCGUGAAGAAGGUCAUUCAGGGCUGCAGCACGCUUGGGAUGGACCAAGCUGUGGCAUUUCACUGCAAGGCGGGCUUCGGCAGAUCGGGCGUUUGUGCUGCAAUCUUUGCUAUCCACAAGUACGAUUUGCCGGGUGAGUCAAUGCUGGCGUGGCUCCGGAUAUGUCGGCCAGGAACGAUCACCACCAUGAGCCAAACCAGAUUCCUGCAAUCGUUGCUGGGCAGAGAGGAUGCAGGGCAGGGCCAGCGUGGAGAAAAUGAUGGCUCCGCAGGAAUGCUGUGCAAUUUCAUGAGCCAAUCAUUGGCUGCCACCCUCCAGUGA